AUGUUUUGUUCUUUUUGUUUGACCAUACUAGAUCCAACAUGGAUAGAACCGAAAGCUGAAAUUCUUGAAGGAACGUCCAUUAUAAUAAAUUACGGUAACCAAGCAACUCUGGCGUGUAAAGUGGUAGGAUACCCAACGCCAACAGUUUGGUGGGAAGAUAACGAGGAUAACUCAACGCAAUCAGAUAGUGUGCUGUUAGAAAUACCAUCAUUGUACAUAAGCUACUAUAACAUCGAAAACGUAACCACAAACAUUACAGUUUUUUGCAAAUGCAGGAACUCCAAAGGCGAAGACUCCCAGCGGAUAGACGUGAUUGUUCACAGACCAUUCACGUUCGAAGUUUUGCAAACACCUGAAGAUACUACGGUAGAGUACGGUAAAGAAGGUAGGCUGUUCUGUCAAGUGUCUGCAUACCCAGAAGCUGAAAUCAAAUGGUACCAUAACCACACUAUUGUCACGAAAGAAGAAGAUUUAGAAGUGUUGUCCGAUGAAAACGCUCUUCUUAUUAAAAACAUGAAUGUAGACAAAACCGGUGAUUACGAAUGUGAAGUGAGCAACACAAUGCACACUAAAACUUACAAUGCUGCUGUGACUAUCUCGGGGAUGGAGGCGCCACAAGUAGAAGUAGAUAACUCAAAUAUAACUCUGCACCCAGGGGAUUUCAUUGAUCUUGAAUGCAGAGUAAUAAGAGGAAAACCCACGCCAGUGAUUGUUUGGAAAUUUAUUUCUAAAGAUGACUUUGAAGUUAUGUUACCGGAAGGUGUAACUUUGGAUAAGGAGAAACUUAAAAUAACAGCAGCGCAAAGUGAACAUAACGGAGUGUACCGAUGUUAUGCCACUAACUCGGAAGGGCGCCAUUUCGCUGAUAUUGCAGUAACAGUACAAUAUCCGCCUAUCAUAUCAGAUAAUGGGGCCACAGAAUUAGAAGUAAAAGAAGACGAUAAUGUUGUACUCCAGUGUGAUGUAACUGGUUCACCGGCUCCAACCGUGUGGUGGGAGAGGUCACAGAAUGGUGUCAUCGUACCAUUGGACCACAGACACCAUACAGACAACAACAAUGAACAUAGGUUCAAAGCAUUGGAUACGGACUCCGGAAAGUAUCACUGUGUCGCUGAAAAUUUUCUGGGCAAAGUGAACAAAACUAUCGUUGUCAAGGUUUUAGUGAAGCCGUACAUUGAGGCCCCAGCAUCAACAACAAGGACUGUAAGAGCUGGCCAAUCUAUUAAUUUAGCAUGCAAUAUUAAGUUUGGCAACCCUGAGCCUUCUACUAAAUGGCAAUUCAUAGCAUUAGACUCUAGUUCUAGCGUCUUGCAAAGGGGUACUUCUUCCCUUCCUCUACGUAUAAACAAUGUGCGUCAUUCCAACGAAGGAUUGUACAAGUGUAUUGCAGACAACAUCGUUGGCACAGACAGUAUAAGCAUUAAUGUAACAGUGAUAUAA